CCACUUCCGUUUAGUUGAUCCUUGAUAAUAUACGCGAAGCAUGUAUCAACUAUAGAUCAUUGUUUUGAUAUUUAUUAUUCCUGAUACUUCGCAGUAAUACUCCUUCGUGUAUAUUUAUUUAUUUUCGGUAUUAAACACUUGCUUUUAAUAAUAUUGCGUGAAUUGUAUAGAUCCAGAAUAUUUAUUUGAAUAGAUGGUUUAUUAAUUUCUAUGAAAAAAAUAUUAGUGUCUUGUAGAUUGUUAUUCAUUUUUUAUAUACAACGUAUGAAAAUAUCAAUUUUUCUUUGCCAGUUUUUAUAAAUUGUUACUUCGUAACAGUGUUGCGAAGUGUUCUUUUGUGUCAAAUUCACUAUUAUCAAGAAUAAGCGACUUGAAUGGAAAACAUAACCUCAAUAUUAGUAAUUGUUUUUUAAAAUAUUAACACGUGAUUAUCGUGAGAACUUUUGGUAUAUUAUUAUGGAUAGAAACGAAGAAGAGUGGUCUGUUGAAUGUUCGGAUGAAGAAAAGUAUGAAGUUGAUUCAAAAAGCGAAUGGACAUUAAAGUCGGAAGAUAUACUUUCUUUAAUUGAUGGACUAGAAGCUAAUAAUCGUGUACUAGAACUUGAAUGGAAAUGUCCUGGUAGAAGAGGUCCUUCUCCAAUUCCUUCUUGUAAUCGUCAGCAAGAACACGGCUCGCAAGAAUAUAAACCAGAAGAAAAGUCAGAUUUUGACUUUAUGGAUGAAAUGUCAUCUCCCAGAUUACCAGUUCGUAGAGUAGGAGAAAGUACUCCUAAAGGUAGUGCUAAGAAAAAAACUGCUAGUUUUAAUGGUGUUUUGUCGACUAUGUUGCGCCAUCGUAGAUUGGAACAACAAGAAAUUAAUUCAACUUCAAAGAAAAGUGAACCUAAUUCACCAGGUUUAAAAACUCAACCAACUUAACAUUAUCUUUUAUACAAAUAGAAUACUGAAACUGAUAUAAGCACCAAGAUAUGGGACAAAUGAGAGGAAAUGUUUAUUUUUUUCACAUAUAAGAUUUUGAAUAGAAGGACUGUAUAUUGUAUAUGAGUACAAUAUGGAUAUGAAAGCUGAUCAAAAAUAGUUCUUAAAGUAAAUUUUAUAUUUGCUAAUUUAAAACCAUUUUUUACCUGAUGAAAGGUACUUUUUAUCAUCCUCUGUGAGGAUAUAAUUUAAUUAUAUUUGAUAGAUCAGGAUGGAAAUAGCUAUGUGAGGAAGCUCUUACACAUUUCCUAUAUCAAGUUUAUUUUUUUAUUUUUUUUGAGUUAAGCAUGUCUAAUUUCUACAUUUUUCUUUUUUACUCGAAACAGAGUUAUUGAUUGAAAUAAGCAUAAUAUAUGAAUUAAUUUUAAAAUACUUCAAAAAUGUGUGUGUGUGUGUGUGUGUGAGAGAGAGAGAGAGAGAGAGGGAGAGAGAGAGAGAGAGAGAGAGAGAGAGAGAGAGAGAGAGAGAGAGAAGAGAAUAGGAUAAGAUAAUAAUGCACAAUGCAUAAUUUUAAUCAAAAUUGUGGUAUUUUUAUGUAU